GCGCGAAGGAGGGCGCGCGUCUGCGGGCGGGUCUCUGCGCUCCACGCUCAGCCGGUCCAGAUGGGGGCUCCCGCCUCCGCACGCCCUCGGCAGCCGCAGUCCCCGCCCCGCUCUUCGGUCCCGGCGGCAGUCACCCCCGGCCGUCCGAGUCCCUCGGCAGUGCGUCUCUCUACUGUUCCCCACUGGACACCAGACAACGAAGGGGCUUCCAGGGCAGCCCAGGAAAAAGCCUCCACAGCAAGCAGAACUUCCCUGCCUCUGCAGACCAGGAAAUACCAGAGAGGCCGAGUCCGGCACCCGGGUCAUGUGCAGCCCUGAGGAGGCAGCCCUGCUGCGGCUGGAGGAGGUCUUCUCAGCCACCCUUGCCCGUGUCAACAGCCUUGUCCUCAAGCCCCUGCUUCUAGCUGCCCCAGAGCCCUCAGAUCCCUGGGGCAGAGAGUGCCUGCAGCUCCUGCAACAGUUGCACAAGAGCUCCCAGCAGCUCUGGGAAGUGACGGAGGAAAGUGUGCACUCACUGCAGGAGAGGCUGCGUCACCCAAAUUCCACUGGUCUGGAGUCCCUCCUGCUGCUGCGAGAUGCUGACCGUGUCCUGCAGGCCCACGUGGAGUAUAUCAAGUCUUACACAAGCUGCAUGGUGGUGCAGGCCUUCCAGAAGGCAGCAAGGAGGAGAGGCGAGUAUUGGCGGGGCCAACGGAAGGCGCUGCGCCAGCUGCUGUCAGGCCUGAGCUCAGAGGGCUCGGUGGGUGCAUCGCUGAGCCAGGCCCUCCACCAGCCGCUCGCCCAUCAUGUGCAACAGUACGUGCUCCUCCUGCUGAGCCUCGGGGACACCAUUGGGGAGCGUCACCCAACCCGGGAGCUGGUGGUGAACGCAAUCACCCUCUUUGGGAACCUGCAGUCCUUCAUGAAGCAGGCAUUGGACCAGGCUGCGGCCACACAGGCUCUCUGGCACACCCUGAGAGGCCGGCCGAGGGAUGCCCUCUGCACCCCUGCUCACAGACUCCUGCAGGACAGCCAGGACGUGCCCGUGACGGUCUCACCCCUGCGGGCUGAGCGCGCGCUGCUCUUCGAUGAUGUCCUCGUUUUGCUGCAGGGCCACAACGUCCACAUCUUUGAUCUGAGGCUGGUGUGGGUGGAUCCUGGGCAGGAACGGUGCACAUUUCACCUCCUCACGCCAGAAGAAGAGCUCUCCUUCUGUGCCAAGGACUCCCAGGGCCAGGCGGUCUGGCAGUGGAAGGUGACCCAGGCCGUUCGCCAAGCCCUGCGAGGGAAGAAGGACUUCCCUGUGCUGGGGGCUGGCCUGGAGCCCCCCGAGCCUCCCACCCACCGCUGUGCAGCAUAUACCUUCCGUGCGGAGGGCCGGCUCUGCCAGGCCACCUACGAGGGCGAGUGGUGCAGGGGCCGGCCCCAUGGCAAGGGAACCCUGAAAUGGCCAGAUGGGCGGAAUCACGCGGGGAAUUUCUGCCAGGGCCUGGAGCACGGCUUCGGCAUCCGCCUGCUGCCCCAGGCCUCGGAGGACAGGUUCGACUGUUACAAGUGUCACUGGCGAGACGGCGUUAUGUGUGGCUACGGCAUCUGUGAGUACAGCUCCGACGAGGUGUACAAGGGCUACUUCCAGGAGGGCCUGCGGCACGGCUUUGGGGUCCUUGAGAGUGGCCCACAGGCUCCCAAGCCCUUCAGAUACACGGGCCACUGGGAGAGGGGCCAGAAGAGUGGCUAUGGCGUUGAGGAGGACGGUGACAGGGGUGAGCGCUACAUUGGCAUGUGGCAGGCUGGUCAGCGCCACGGUCCGGGGGUCAUGGUCACCCAGGCAGGUGUCUGCUACCAGGGCACCUUCCAGGCGGACAAGACCGUGGGCGCAGGCAUCCUCCUCUCUGAAGACGACUCCCUGUAUGAGGGCACCUUCAGCAGGGACCUGACCCUCGUGGGGAAGGGCAAGGUCACCUUCCCCAAUGGUUUCACCCUGGAGGGCUCGUUUGGCAGCGGUACAGGAAGAGGACUGUACACACAGGGCGUGCUGGACACGGCCGCCCUCCCACCAGACCCGAGCAGCACCUGCAAGAGGCAGCUGGGCGUGGGUGCCUUCCCCGUGGAAAGCCGCUGGCAGGGAGUCUACAACCCCUUCCGGGACUUUGUGUGUGCUGGCUGCCCUGGCGACCUGCAGGAGGCCCUGCUGGGCUUCCACGUGCAGAGCUCCAGGAAGCUGCGCAAGUCUCAGGAUUACCUUUGCUGCGAGAGGGCCCACCCCGAGGACAGUGCAGGCAGUAUGGAAGACAUCCUGGAGGAGCUGCUGCAGCACCGGGAGUCCAAGGCCCUGCAGCCGUACCUCAGGAAGGCUCUGAGCAACUCACUGCACCCUCUGGGAAAGCUGCUCCGGACACUGAUGCUGACCUUCCAGGCCACCUACGCAGGUGUCGGGGCCAACAAGCACCUGCAGGAGCUGGCCCAGGAGGAGGUGAAGCAGCACGCACAGGAACUCUGGGCCGCCUACAGGGGUCUCCUGCGAGUUGCCUUACAGCGCAAGGGCCAGACCCUGGAGGAGGAUGAAGACGCAGAGACAAGGGACCUCCAGGUGCAUGGAUUGGUGCUGCCCCUCAUGCUGCCCAGCUUCUAUUCAGAGCUCUUCACACUCUACCUGCUGCUUCAUGAGCGGGAGGACAGCUUCUACAGCCAGGGCAUCGCCAACCUGAGCCUCUUCCCUGACACCCAACUGCUUGAGUUCCUGGAUGUGCAGAAGCACUUGUGGCCACUCAAGGACCUGAGGCUGACAAGCAAUCAGAGGUACUCCCUGGUCAGGGACAAGUGCUUCCUGUCAGCCACCGAGUGCCUGCAGAAGAUCAUGACCACAGUGGAUCCACGGGAGAAGCUGGAGGUGCUGGAGCGGACGUACGGGGAGAUUGAGGGCACCGUGUCGCGGGUGCUGGGCCGGGAGUACAAGCUGCCCAUGGACGACCUGCUGCCGCUGCUCAUCUAUGUGGUGUCGCGCGCCCGAAUUCAGCACCUGGGAGCUGAGAUCCACCUGAUCCGUGACAUGAUGGACCCCAUCCACACAGGAGGCCUGUAUGACUUCCUGCUCACGGCCCUGGAGUCCUGUUACGAGCACAUCCAGAAAGAAGACAUGAGGCUGUGCCGCUCACCCGGCCACUGGCACUCCAGGGAGUUCUGGUAGCUUGGCCUCUCCUGGACAGACUGCAGAGCUGAGCAGGGCACUGCCGGCCUGUCCCUCAUCACCCAAGGCAAAGGGCAGGACAGGCCCUUGGAGGCAGCUCUUGGAGGAGACGAGCAUUUGUUUUGCACAGGAAGAUGCUGCUGCCCUGCCUGGCAUGAGAGUGAGGGGUGAUGGACGUGGCCCUGGACCUGGUGGAUUUCUCUUGGCCACUCGCCAAUCUCCAAUGACCCCUUAAUCUGCAGCAGCUCACAGGCUGGGCGUGAGGAGCUCCUGGCUUCUCUUAGCCUGAGCCUUUCUCCCAAGUUACGGAGCCUUAGUGCUGCCAUCUGUACAAUGGGAGUGAGUAGGCUGUAAAGGACCUUCCA